AAUGGCUGCGAGUACCUCUGUAGUCCCGGUACCUGUGACGGCGGCCGCGGUGCCGGUUCUGUCCACGAACGGCGAUUUCUCAGAUUUGCGUGAAAUUAAAAAGCAGCUGCUGCUUAUCGCGGGCCUUACCCGGGAGCGGGGCCUCUUGCACAGUAGCAAAUGGUCCGCGGAGUUGGCCUUCUCUCUUCCCGCGUUGCCUCUGGCCGAGUUGCAGCCGCCGCCGCCUAUUACAGAGGAGGAUGCCCAGGAUAUGGAUGCUUACACCCUGGCCAAGGCCUACUUUGAUGUUAAAGAGUAUGAUCGGGCUGCUCAUUUUCUGCAUGGCUGCAAUAGCAAGAAAGCCUAUUUCCUGUACAUGUAUUCCAGAUAUCUGUCUGGAGAAAAAAAGAAGGACGAUGAAACAGUUGAUAGCCUAGGCCCCCUGGAGAAAGGACAAGUAAAAAAUGAGGCUCUGAGAGAAUUGAGAGUGGAGCUCAGCAAAAAACACCAAGCUCGGGAACUUGAUGGAUUUGGCCUUUAUCUGUACGGUGUGGUGCUUCGAAAACUGGACUUGGUGAAAGAGGCCAUUGAUGUGUUUGUGGAGGCUACUCAUGUUUUGCCUUUGCAUUGGGGAGCCUGGUUAGAACUCUGUAACCUGAUCACAGACAAAGAGAUGCUCAAGUUCCUGUCUUUACCAGACACCUGGAUGAAAGAGUUUUUCCUGGCUCAUAUAUACACAGAGUUGCAAUUGAUAGAGGAGGCCCUGCAAAAAUAUCAGAAUCUCAUUGAUGUGGGCUUCUCUAAGAGCUCAUAUAUUGUUUCCCAAAUUGCAGUUGCCUAUCACAAUAUCAGAGAUAUUGACAAAGCCCUCUCCAUUUUUAAUGAGCUAAGGAAACAAGACCCUUACAGGAUUGAAAAUAUGGACACAUUCUCCAACCUUCUUUAUGUCAGAAGCAUGAAAUCUGAGUUGAGUUAUCUGGCUCAUAACCUCUGUGAGAUUGAUAAAUAUCGCGUAGAAACUUGCUGUGUAAUUGGCAAUUAUUAUAGUUUACGUUCUCAACAUGAGAAAGCAGCCUUAUAUUUCCAGAGAGCCCUGAAAUUGAAUCCUCGAUAUCUUGGGGCCUGGACACUGAUGGGACAUGAGUACAUGGAAAUGAAGAACACAUCUGCUGCUAUCCAGGCUUAUAGACAUGCCAUUGAGGUCAACAAGCGGGACUACAGAGCUUGGUAUGGCCUUGGGCAGACCUAUGAAAUCCUGAAGAUGCCAUUUUACUGUCUUUAUUAUUAUAGACGGGCCCACCAGCUUCGGCCCAAUGAUUCUCGUAUGCUGGUUGCUUUAGGAGAAUGUUAUGAAAAACUCAAUCAACUAGUGGAAGCCAAAAAGUGUUAUUGGAGAGCUUACGCCGUGGGAGAUGUGGAGAAAAUGGCUCUGGUGAAACUGGCAAAGCUUCAUGAACAAUUGACUGAGUCAGAACAGGCUGCCCAGUGUUACAUCAAGUAUAUCCAAGAUAUCUAUUCCUGUGGGGAAAUAGUGGAACACCUGGAGGAAAGCACUGCUUUCCGCUAUCUGGCUCAGUACUAUUUUAAGUGCAAGCUGUGGGAUGAAGCGUCAACUUGUGCCCAAAAGUGUUGUGCAUUCAAUGAUACCCGGGAAGAAGGUAAGGCCUUGCUCCGGCAAAUCCUACAGCUUCGGAACCAAGGCGAGACUCCCACCACCGAGAUUCCUGCUCCCUUUUUCCUCCCUGCUUCACUCUCUGCUAACAACACUCCCACACGCAGAGUUUCUCCACUCAAUUUGUCUUCUGUCACACCGUAGUUGGUUACUUUCAAGGCAGCACAUUACUAGAUUCAUAUUAAGCCUUACCUCUAUGUCAAGAACGGCCACAUGUCUUCUUCCAAGGACCUCAGCUCGUUUCUAUAGAUGGAAACAGCUCCUGGGGGACAGUUUAUAUAAUCACCUCCAGAGGCAGACUGACAGAAUACUGGCAGGAAUAGACAUUGUCUUUUGCCAGUUAGAAGCACUUCUAUCUCCCUUCUGUUCAGAGUGGCUAUAGAUCUUGGCCUUCUUCCCAGAGACAUUUACCCCUGCCCCGCCCUGCCAAAAAAAAAAAGAAGCAUCCCUUUACAGCACUUUAGCAUAGGCAGUGCUACAGGAACCAAGUUUUAAUGCUGCUGGGAAUGGGAGAGAAGCAAGGAAAGGAGAAAAGCUUGCCACUCUACCCUCUGCUAGCAGUAGGGGCACUAAGUAUUCUAGGAAGAGGUCAGGGCACUGGAUAGAAAUGACCUCAUUUUGGAUUUGCUGAGCAUGGCUCCAAUGCUGAUGUCAGAGAUUAGGUUUAAAUGGAGUGGAGCUAUACAUUUGUUCUUACUCUAGGGAGACAUUCUUCUAAAACAGUUUUGAGAGGGAGUCUUUUAAAAGCUUUCAAAUUUCAAUUUGGAAGUAACAUACUAUAGUUGAAUUAUAGAAGGGCAAAAAGAAUCUCAGUGAGUGUAGAACUGCUGAAGGCCUUUAAUGAAGGAAAUUAAAAAAAGCUGGCUAUAGUGAUAGCUGUACCCCUAACCAAAGCAAAGCGAGGAAACAGGAUUAUAGAUAAUCCUGUUCAUGGACAUUUGGAAAUAACUUUUGUGACUAUAUGGAGAAGAAUAAACUCACUUUAAGCCGGUCUGUUUUAAUAAACUUUUAAUGUAAUUGUGUGCUCCCCUUCCCCCAUCUCCAACAAAAUUCUUUUUUUUCUCCUUUGUCUAGACAAGGUAAAGGGAACCAUUCUUGUGGUGCUCUUAGAGAGUUUCAGGCCUGUGCUUUUGUGUUCAGUAGGAGGUAAUAACGCUAUAGUGUCUGCUGUAAUGAAUUUGUACAGUGGAUGCUAUAGGUCAUUCUGAACUCUGGGUCUAGCCUUCAUUUUUGUUCCUAGAACACGUUUGUUACCUAUUCACUUUCAAAUAUAUAACACUUUACUUUAUAUUAAAGAAUGUUUAGAAUAACUAAUUGUGCUUAAUUUUUUUAACCUUCUUAGGCUAGCUGUAUACUAGUUACUGGUCUCCACUGCCAUUUCUGUACAUGAUUCCCAUAAGCCAGAAUGUUGUUUGAUUCUCAUAUUUUCUGCCCCCUUUAUAAUUUGUUUUAAUGACUUUGCUAAAUAUGGAACUCAAUAAAAAUGUGAAUAAUA